CGAAAUGGAUAUUUUUGGAUAGUGGAACGGAUCCUUUCGACGUCAUAUCAUCUUACCUCCUUGGUAUAUGAAUCCCGGCUGAAUUAUGGAUUACAACAGAUAAACAAACGAGAAAGAGUCACAUUGCAGAAUGAAGCCGACCACAUUUUAUAUUGUCGCAACUCUGUCGUCUCUACUCGUCAUCAGCUGCAGUUUUGUGAAGCGCGAGCCAAGUAACAAGUUGAACUCUUGUCUUAAACGUGUGAUUGAAAACUUUUACGGUAACGAUGAUGUGCUUUAUUUCGCACACGUUGAUAAUUUUUAUGAUGAUAUACCAUUCGACGUACCUAAUCCAAAAGUGAUACUCAACUUUGAUCAUCCCGGAGUACUGGAUUUUGAAAAAAGGGUCGCCAAAAAUUUUGUGGCUGCUUGGGAUUAUGACCGCAGGCCCCAUAUUUUUGAUUUAAUAAGUUGGAAUUUCCGUUGGAACCAUGAAAUAACCUCAAAAAAACAUGUGGUUUUUAUAAGGACUACGGAUCAGUUAAAUACUGUGUACCACUUAUUAUUAUCAUGGGCUUUGGUUUACACCGUUGUAGUAUAUUACAAUGAGAAAUAUGACGACGAUCCAAUUAUAAUUUCCGCAAAUCCAAAUGGGCCUGAAUGUAAUUGUAAGCAGUGGCCACUACGCUUCUACCCGAAUGAACCAUGCGAUGCAGGUAUGAAUUUGAAUCGUUCCAUUCCGCAGCGCCUCAGGAAUUACAAUCAAUGCCCAAUAGGCUAUUUGGGUACGAUUUUUAAUACACGUACAGAUAGAGUGUCAUCGUGUGUUUCCGAAACACUUGAUUCCGUAGGAAAUGUGAUCAAUGCAAGAAUAUUACCAAAUGAAACUGAAAACGGUAAUUUCAAAGAACAUAUUAGCCUAAAUUACAGAACACAAGCAACAUAUGGCGAGUACUUAAGCGGAGUGAUCUUACAGUCAAAGCUCCUGUGGCUUGUACCACACCCAGAGCAAGUUGUUGGACUUCGCGUUUUUUCAAAGGUGUUUAAGUGGACAACCUGGUUGUUAAUAGUAUGCGCCUUUAUUGCCACAGUCUCGACUUGGGCCAUAAUUCUGUUUCGCAAAUCAAAAUGUGAAGACCUGGUCAAAAUUAUCUUCGAUGUACUCUCACUGACCAUCUACGGGCUAAUGAAGCCGAUGCCUAAAGUGUCUCUGCUGCGCUUUGUCAUUUUGAUAUAUAUUCUAUCCUUCAUUAAUAUACAAACCGCCUUUAUUUGCAAGCUCAUCCCUGUCCUAACAGUUCCAAUCUACGAACGAAGUAUCCAAACCUUGGAAGAAUUAUUGGAAGCGGGAUAUCAAAUCUACACCGCCAAAGAGAUUAAGGACGUGUAUUUCAAACGCACUGAAUCAAGUGACACCCUCUAUUCAAAUAUUAAGGGAAAUCUGCAAGCGUUUUGCGAAAAGGAUUAUGAUGGCUGCUUGCGAAUGUUAAUGCUGUACAAUAACAUCUCCGUAUUGGUGCCUGCGUACACUUUGGAAAAUUGGCAAACAAACAACGGUUUUACUUUUCACCACGUUAUUGUUAACGAUAAGGUGGUUGAGAAUAUACAAUUAACCUUCGUUUCGAGGUAUAAUCAAUACAUCAUGGAUUCGGCAAACAUUGUGAUAAAGCGACUUAUUGAAGGCGGUUUCUAUCUAAAAAGGGAACGAGACAUUGACGAAUAUCAUCGCAAGUCAGCGCAAUUGAGAGAGCCGUCGAAUGAUCCAGUUGCGUUAAAUUUAUCCCACGUUUACGGUAUCUUCAUUAUCUAUGGUUUUGGUAUUUCGAUAGCCGUACUUGUAUUUAUUUUGGAACUUCUUGUUGGAAAGUUUUCAAAAUUUAAUUCGCCUACUCCUCAUCAUACAUUUCUGUCAUAAAUUGUGCACAAUUGACCACAAAGAAAGCAAAAAGUAAUGCUUAAUGGGCUCACUCGUCACAAAUACGGUUCUCUGUAAGUCACCACAUUUUAAAGUACACACAUUGUUAUCGUGUUAAUAAUGUCAAAAUUCACAAUUGUUUUGUAUCACUUACAACUUAUUUAUUAAGGUAAAUUUGUCGCCUUUUCACAAAGAAAGCAAAAAGUAAUGCGCUAAACAGUGCAAAAAUCAUCGCAUUUUACUGUAAACUGUUCAAUUGAAACACCUUUACAGGUAUAAUCACUUUUAGGCGCACAAUUUUGUCCAAAAA